AUGUUUCCGGCCCGUCCGAUCGUUGAGCUGGAUCACACCCCCGCCAUGGAGCGGUUUAAAGGGUGCCCAGAAGAUAGGAGACUUGAUUAUCUUGCAGGCAUAAGAACUUGUGGUUAUUUGAGGCAAGCAGAAUGUAUUACUUCAUAUGCGAUGGAAGUCUUUGUUGAUAUUGCUAAUUCCGCGAACACCGUCUUUUCCAGGAUAAAAACUCUUCAAGCGCGUAUAAAAGAUAUUGAACAACAAGUUCCAUCUGCAAUUGAACGUAUGAGAUCUGUUGCAAAAGCCAAUUGGCCUACAGCAUCACCUGAAUACGUUCCAACAUCCAAUGAUCUUGAUGAUGAAGCCAUGAAAGAGUUCAAAUUCGAAGAGACAACAUUCGCUAAGAAGAUGAUUGGACAUGCAAACCCAGCACCAGAUUUUUCAAGCUUUGCAAGCAUCACAAAGGGUUACGAUCCAUCAGAUCCAGAGAAAGAAGUUAACUUCGCGAUCAACUUUACAAAUCCAGAUUUCGUUAGAGUUCAAUACAAGCAAGAGCUUAUCGAGAACAUUCUCGCCGAGCAGGAAAGGCAACGUGCUGAGGCCAAGGCCCGCAAAGAAAAGCAGCGCGCUGAAAACGAAAACUUGGUCUCUCGUAAAUCUAAGCAACCAGAAGGCCAACAGAACCAAGAUGCCGAAGAUCUCAUCAGUGCUUUGGCUUCUCCACCACAGCGUCCAUUAGGUCUCUGCUUACCACCUCCAAAAGGACAAGCCAAGCAUGGUGCAGUUCCUAUCUCUCUUGCAAACGGCGGAGUAACAAAAGUUCAAUCUUCUACACCAAAUGUUACAGCAUACUCGGCUCCAAAGCCCUCAUCUCAGCCAGCAUCAAAGAAUAUUCCUCCUCCACCUCCACCGCCUCCUCCAGCAAGUCUUCCACCUCCUCCUCCAGGAGGUGCUCCAAAGCCACCGAAAUCGGCAAUGUCUAUAGCAGAUUUGCUCAAGGAAGGCGUUAAACUGAAGAAAGUCGAAGAAAAGAAAGAAGCUCCAGCAGCACCACUCACUCACCUCGAUUUGAUCAAACGUGGUGGCUUCAAACUCAAGAAAGUUGAUAAUUCCAAGCCAUUGCCACCUCCAGUUAAGAAGGUCGAAGAAACAGAUCCAAAUUCUCUUUCACUUGCCGAAAUUCUUGCACGCGCUGCAUCAAUCAGAGAUGCUGUUGCUGCUUCAGACAGCGAUGAAGAAGGUGAGGAUGAAUCUGAAACAUCAUCUGAAUCAUGGUAA